CUCACUCAACACCCUUCUCUCUUUCUCUCCCCCCAGAAUCAGCUAUGUCCGUGUCCGUAGAGGCUGUCACUCCGUCCGUGGGGCUUGGCGAGGGUCCGCACUGGUCCGUCCGUGAUCAAGCCUUGUAUUAUGUUGAUAUUUUUGCCCAGAACGUACAUAGAUUUGACCCAGCCACGGACAGUCACACGAAACUGCAUAUUGAGGGCGGUCCAGUCACAUUCGUGGUCACAACAGGUCAAACAAACACGUUCUUGGUCAGCGUGGGGCGUGACCUCUGCCUCGUGACCUGGCCUGACCCAACCCAAGACCACGUGACCUCCACCGCCGCCGCCACCACCACGACCUUGACCUCGGUUGACCCAGAACACGUACAGAACAGGUUUAAUGAUGGGAAGUGUGACCGCUUUGGAAGACUUUGGGCAGGUACCAUGGGGCCCACAGACGUUCCCGAAAACAUCGCGCCCUACCUGGGGAGUCUUUACCGCCUGGGGGAACGGGGGGAGGUGGAGAAGGUGCUGGGGGAGGUCAGUAUAAGUAAUGGCCUGGACUGGACGGAGGAUGGACGCACUUUUUACUUCGUGGACACUUGUGAAUAUAAGUUAGAAGUGUUUGAUUGUGACCCGAACUCUGGAAAAUUAGCCAACCGGAGGACCGUCUUUGACUAUCGGAAGGCUGGUCUCUAUCCUUCUUUUCCCGACGGCCUAGCGAUCGAUACAAGAGGGAGAUUGUGGGUUGCCUGUUUCGGCGCCGGCAAGGUACACUGCAUCAACCCGAAGUCAGGUCAAAUCGAGGACGCCGUGACCUUGCCGACCUCAAGUAUAACGUCUGUGACCUUUGGCGGGCGUGACCUUGACGAGAUGUAUGUGACCACUACCACUAAGGGACUGACCCCGGACCAGCUGGCGGUGCAGAAGACAGCUGGUGCAGUGUUUAGGUAA